UUUCGCUCGAAACGGACGUGCGACUGUGUCCGGAGCUGCGGUGUCGAGUGCCAAACAAAAGACCUACAAAAUAAUCCAAUAAAUGAAUUCACACAUCAAACAAAUAAUUCCCCAAAUGCGAUAAAAUAAAAGAAACAAAAACAACCAAAACAGACAGCGCGGCGUAUGCGUGAUUCGGUUCCAUGAAAAAGAGACACAAAAAGGCCACACACAUCAAAAUGUACAAGAGAAAGGCCUGAACCUGAGAGAGCAACCUUGGCUUGCAGCAUACGAGGAGAGAACCGAAAUAUUUGUGACUCGCGAUAAUAAUUAGUAUUAAUAGAAGAAAUUCUAUCCAAACGAAAGUUAACAUCGAAAUCGUGUGAACGUCUACGCGUAGACAAACAGCAGUCAGCCGCUUAAUUAAUUUAACACCCACCAAACAAUCCCCACUGUGUCGUUUGGCCUUCAACAAAACGUCAAAAUUGCGCCCGUUCGGGUUCACGCCGCACCCAGCACCUUGGCGCAGGAGUCUCAGCCCCCUGCCAAUCACCACAGCCAGACGACAGACACGGCCACAGUGGGUCACAGUGCCGCAUCCACGGUGUCGCGGCGCCGGAGCGGUUCGGUGGGUGUCCGGGUGCCGAGUGUCCACAAGAAGCGCAAGAACAUUUGGCCCUUCAAGAUGCGGGUGAAGGUGAGCAAGCGGCUGUGGCCGCACCGCCAGGCCUCCACCAAAAGCGACAAGUUUCCACAGCCAAACGAAGUAACAGAAGGUGCCUUACAAGUCUGGCGCACACUGCCCGAGCGCAUUCGCCAGGAUCCCAGUCUAGCCUCGUUUCGCCAGGAGCACGAGCGUUUACAUGGCGAUGGCGAUCCUGUGCCGCCAGAGGAGGCAGCUGUGACUGGUGGGGAGCCAGUGGAGCAGCCACAGAAUGGGCCACAGGAGGAGACGCAGCUGGACCCUCAUGCCUUCACCCAGAUCGGCAUCAAUGUGACCAAUGAGGCGGGUCAGGUGCGAGUGAUCGAUGGCAGGGAUCUGGAGAACAACAAUGAGGAUCAGCACGACGAUGUGGAAACGCACGGCAGGAGCACACUCGUUAAGUAUUUGAUUUGGUUCAAGAUAGCUGUGCUCCUGGUGGUCUGGGGCGUCUUCACCGCCUUCCUCAUGUCCAACAACGAGCAUGUGGACCAGCUGAGCCUCAUAAGUGUUCCUAGAAAUGGCUCCCCCAGAGUCUUUCCCAUUGCGACUGCCACACUGCAGCGCAUUGGCCUGGGCCUGCGUGGACCCUUCCGGUUGCAGGAGAACGAGCUGACCAUCAACGAGAGUGUGCCACUGCCGCUGCUGCAGGUGCAGGUGAUGCGCAGCUACUUCGAUGCCGAAGGUCUGGAGGUGUACAUCGAGAAUGCCAGCCAGCUGUGGCAGCUGGACGUGGUCUAUCCGGACCUGAUGGACGGCACCGUGGACUCCAAGAAGCAGCGCACCUUCGAGCUCAAUCCCACGGAUCCCCUGUGGCUGGCCCAGUCCAACAGGACGGAGCUGAGCUUCGAGUUUGUCAGCAGCAUCGAGGGCGAGCUGCCGUUGCAGCUGAACGUGGACGAGUCGCCCAUCUACAAGCGGGACGGUGUGAUCUAUGCGGCAGCCGUGCUCUGCGGGCUGUACAUCAUGAUUAUCUGGGAGAUUGUGAACCGAACAUUUGCCGCCAUCAUCGCCUCCACGCUGUCGGUGGGCAUUCUGGCGGCCCUCAAUUCGCGACCCUCCAUGGCCACCAUCAUGGGCUGGAUCGAUGUGGAGACGCUGCUGUUGCUCUUCGGCAUGAUGAUCCUGGUGGCCAUUCUCUCCGAGACGGGCGUCUUUGACUAUCUGGCGGUGUACGCCUACAAGAUCACCAACGGACAUGUGUGGCCGCUGAUCAACUGCCUGUGCCUGUUCACGGCGGUGCUCUCCUCGUUCCUGGACAAUGUGACAACAGUGCUGCUGAUGACGCCAGUCACGAUACGACUCUGCGAGGUGAUGUGCCUCAAUCCGGUGCCCAUUCUGAUGUGCAUGGUCAUCUACUCGAACAUCGGGGGUGCCCUGACACCAGUCGGUGAUCCGCCAAAUGUCAUCAUUGCCUCCAACAGCUACAUAUCCAAUAAUGGCGUCAAUUUCGCUGUCUUCACGCUGCACAUGCUGCCCGGCGUGCUGCUGGUCAUGGUCCAGACCUACAUCCAGUUGCGCUUCAAGUUCCGCAACAUCAGCGACCUGCAGUUCAAGGACUCGCCGGAGGUGGAGGAGCUGCGCCACGAGAUCCAUGUGUGGAAGCGCGCGGCUGCCAGUCUGUCGGCCUACUCCAAGGACGAGGAGCUGGUGCGACAGACCCUCAUGAAGAAGGUGAACCGCUUGAAGAGGAGCCUCAAGAAACGAAUGACGGCUGUGAUUGAGCCGGCACCCAACUAUCAGCAAACACUGGCCAAUCUCCAGGCAAAGUAUCCCAUUCGCAACAAGCAGCUGCUUGUCAAGUGCUCCUUUGCCCUGCUCUUCGUGAUCAGUUUGUUCUUUCUGCACUCGGUGCCAGAGCUGCAGCGGCUGUCCCUGGGUUGGACCGCCCUGCUGGGUGCCAUUUUCCUCAUCAUCCUAGCCGACAUUGAGGACAUGGAGGCCAUACUGGCACGCGUCGAGUGGUCCACAUUGCUGUUCUUCGCGGCUCUGUUCAUCCUCAUGGAGGCCCUGACGGAGCUGGGCCUGAUCGAGUGGAUCGGCAACAUGACGGAGGGAAUCAUUCUGGGUGUGGGCGAAGAUCGUCGCUUGAUGGUGGCCAUACUCAUCAUUCUUUGGGUUUCUGCUGUGGCUUCGGCUUUUGUGGACAACAUCCCACUGACCACGAUGAUGGUCAAGAUCACCAUAUCAUUGGCGCAGAACAGCACCUUGAAUCUGCCCUUACAGCCACUGGUUUGGGCCCUGGCCCUGGGCGCCUGUUUAGGAGGCAAUGGCACACUGAUUGGCGCUUCGGCCAAUGUUGUUUGUGCCGGAGUGGCCGAGCAGCAUGGCUACAAGUUCACCUUCCUGCAGUUCUUCAAAGUGGGCUUUCCCAUCAUGAUUGGUAGCAUUAUUGUGGCCACGGGCUAUCUGCUGGUCUCGCACUCGCUGUUCGCGUGGCAUUGAUGAAGGGCCAACCCUGGACAGCCAACCCAACACUGGGCAGCGUGGAUGGGAAUUGACUGUGUCGAUUUCGGAACAAGGCGCACUUUACCUCGUUACCUAUGAAAACUGUACCACACAUGCGAUAUGCUCGUCGCUGCAGAUCGAGGGGGAAAACCAUUCAGAACCGAAACAGCACGACCCGAAAAGCUAGAGAAAGGAAUUUCAAUAAUCUUAUAGCCUGUCUAUAUAAGAGAGAGUUUACAUAUUUAAACAGAUUCUAAAAGGAAACCACACAGAGACAGAACAGAAACGAAGAAUAUUAUGCUAGAAAUAUACAUUUAUUUUUACACAUCGUUGUUAGUGUAGUGUGUAGUCGAAAUAACAAAACAAAACAAAAACCAAAACCCAAACAAAAACCAACAACAAACCCACAACAAGUAUAAGAAAUAAAUUAAAUAAACUAAAUUAAUUAUUUACAAUUAAUAAUGUCGCUGAACUGUGAAACAAUUUGUUAAAUGUUAAAUGUAUGUAUGAAAACGAAUCAAAUAAAACCAAAACGCAAAAUA